AUGAUUUUUCUCGCUUUGCCAUUUAAUUUACUCAAGUGUAUCGGUAUAUUUUCUUUGCAUAGCGAAUCGUCAAAAUGGAUAUUGUUUGUCUACGAUUUGUACCGUGGAUUCAUUUUCGUUUUAACAUUUACGGUCACGGUCUUGAUGACUGUACAACUGUGCCUGGUCACAGAUCUCACCAUGUUGGCUCGGACUAUAGACGUGUGGACCUUGUUCAUGUCGGGCAUAUUCAAAUGGGUUUUUAUGAUGGUUUUCAAUGAGGAAUUCGCGAAACUCAAUUCGACGUUGACUCAAAUACACGCUCAAGGGCGGGUGGCGUACGGUGAAUACGCGGCCGAUGAAUUUGAAGUGGAAUUUAUGAAGCCAACGAGAAAAAUCACCUGGUGGUACAUGUUUACUGGUUUAAUCGUGACGACAAUUAUAUGCUUAUCUCCGAUACUGAGUUAUCCAAAGGGGUAGAAUGAAUACCAUUACUUUUUAGUUUCGUAAUUAUAAUAUUUAUGAAAUAUAAUUUUUUUUUUUCCCCCCGUUAGCGAUCGAUCGGAUUUUGAAUAUUAUAAUGAUCCAAAGAGUUACCCUUUAUGUUGUUGGAUACCGUUCAUGUUACACGAGAAAUGGAUGUUCUCGGUAAUUUUCUUCAGCCAUGCCCUCGCGUUUGCAUUUGUUGUAUUCAUGUACUUGAACAUCGAUUCGUUUUUUUUUGGUGCUAUUUACGCUGUUGGCGGUCAAAUCGAAUUAUUAAAAUUGUCUUUAGACAGUAUUGAAAACUUUCUGACAAAAAGUGAGUGCGAACAGUAGUUGAGUUUUUUUAAAUAGAAUAAUUACUCGUAGUCCAAAAUCAAUAAUAAUUUGUGGAAGAAUAGUAUUUUAAUGACAAUUUUUGAGUACCUAGGUAUUUGAAUUAUGAAAAAUAUUACCUUUCAUAUUAUCUUUGUCGUUAUUUUUUGUUUACCUAGUAUACAUGGGUAAGUAUAGUAUAGUUAAAAAUGAAAUACUAUCCAUUUAUGCACAUGUUUUAGUUGAAAAUUUAUCGUGUACGGAUCAGAUCACGCGUUAUACACAAAAACAAGAUGCAUGUUACUCCAAACUCCGAGAAUGUGAUAAACAUCAUAUCCUGAUUCUUAGGUAUACAUUUUAUUAUCUGUUUGUACGCCUAGUUAUUAGCAUGUUGAUUAAAUUUUCAAUUGGUUUAUAUAGGUGUCAUUUGCAUUGUUCCAGUUGACGGUACUUAUUAUAUUGGUUAUUUUGCAUUUUAUGCUAAAAAUAAAAUUCUGUAAACGAUUGUACAUUUUGAUUUCAGCUCAGUACUGGUGUAGCUGAAACAUUCAGUGUUUUAGGAUUCAUUGGUCUGAGUACUUGGCACCAAUUUCUUAACAAUUUUUUCGGUGAAUUCAUUAUACAAAAAGUAAGUUGUACCAUUAUAGCCGUUAUAUUUAUUGUAACCGUUAUAUUUAAAUAAAUUUUUCCUAUAUAUAUAUAUAUAUAGUUUACGACUAAUGAUGAAAAUCAGGAAAAAUCAAAUUUUGCUCACUAAAAAGUUCGCUAUUGUUUUUUGUCCGUAACAUCAUAAUAUUCAAUAUGAUUUAAUAUUUCUCCAUAAAACGGAGAAAAUAUCACGUAGACGUAGCUCUUUUUAGUUAUUAAUAUUAGCAAUUAAAUAGGUAUUUGGCAUAGUAUUUUAUGACGUUCUUUGGUGGCAAGCAGAUUAAAAAAUACGUGUCCGUAAAUACACAUUAUACAUUUAUCACUUGAAAGUAUUAAUUUUUUUUUCGGAAUUUUUGUUUACAAUUUAUAAAACAAGUAGCUCUACAAUAUUACAUGACUACAUAAUCCGGAAUUUAAUUUGAUAUCUGCUACUAUAAGAUAUUCCAAUGAUCGUAUCUUUGUGGAUCACUCUGUAUAUUGUAAUUUAAUGUUUUACGUGCAACGGAGAAAAUAUCACGUAGCAAUUUUUUUAUGAUUACUUUCAGCAAUUAAGUGUUGGCACAGCACUGUACAACGUUCCAUGGUGGCAAGCAAAUAAAAAAAUACGUCAGUUACUAACUGCAAUGAUAUCGAGAACUAUUAACCCAACUGUUAUCACAGGUUUUUACUUGUAUAAAUUGAGUCACGAAUCAUUCCUGAAAGUAAGAUUUGUUCAAUGUAUUAUGUUAGUUAGUUUAAUAUUUUUAGAUUUUUUGAUGUUUUUUUUUUUAGAUUCUGAGCGUAUUGUAUAUUGUUUCGGUUUUACUAUGGUUUGUUUUUUUUUAUUUUUAUGUUAUGGAACAACAAAAAUAACAAUAGAUUUUUAUUUGUUAUAUUUUGAAUUUAAUUGUUGCAUUGAGGAGGUCUUUUUUAAUUUUUCAAGUGGUUUUCAUUUUUUAAUUGAAGAAACCAGAAAAAGCGUGGGAUAAUUGACGGAAACAACGAUUUGAUUAUUUUAAAUUUUGUUUUUUGUUGUAAUUUGAUUAAAAAUAUUCAUAUAAACUUGACAUUUUCACAGAAUAACUAUUUUAAUAUAGAGGUAUUUGGUUAAAUCCACAACGAUUUCAGAAUUAAAUAGUUCAUUUUGUUUUUAUAUUGAAUCAACUGGUUAAAUGGUCGAUCAUUACAAUUAUUUAUAAAAAUAUUAAUUAAUAUGUUUAUUUAUUGUUUUUUUAGUUUGUAAAAGCAUUAUAUACAUACUACAUGGUGUUGAGACGAGUCAACGGAUAAAACACACAAAUACUUGAGUUCAAGUUCGAGUUAUAUAUGAUUAAAAAUAAUGUGUAGGUGUUUGAAAGCAUGAAAAUUCCUUUCAAAUCAAUAUACUAAUUAUUUCAUAUAAUCUUGUGGUCCAAAUUUUAAGUUCAUAAAUAGUAUAAAUAUGCUGUGUACUAGU